CCUCGCGAGAGGUGAGGUUGAAGCUGUCUCCGCCAUCUUGGAGAUGGGAGAUAGGCGAUGGCUGUGGUCCUUCUGCUAAUGCAAACAAUAAAACGGGCACAUUAGUCUGCCUCGAGUGAGACCGUCAUCACUGUAACUGUUGAUCAAAACUACAGAAGAAGCGAGGGUGUCCAAGCCAAGCGCGAGACACUGAGAGCCGCUUCACCUGCCUUCUGGGGCGGCAGAAACGAAGUAACUGAGGACUGGAAAGAUGGUGCAGUCCUGCUCCGCCUACGGCUGCAAGAACCGAUACGAUAAGGAUAAGCCUGUUUCUUUCCACAAGUUUCCUCUUACUCGACCCAGUCUUUGUAAACAAUGGGAGGCAGCUGUGAGAAGAAAAAACUUUAAGCCCACCAAGUAUAGCAGUAUUUGUUCAGAACACUUUACUCCAGACUGUUUCAAGAGGGAGUGCAACAACAAGUUGCUGAAAGAGAAUGCUGUACCUACAAUAUUUCUUUGCACUGAACCGCAUGAUAAGAAGGAAGAUCUUCUGGAGCCACAAGAACAGCUUCCCCCGCCUCCUUUAACACCUCCCAUUUCCCAGGUUGAUGCUGCUAUUGGAUUACUAAUGCCUCCUCUUCAGACCCCUGAUAAUCUCUCAGUUUUCUGUGACCACAACUAUACUGUGGAGGAUACAAUGCACCAGAGGAAAAGGAUUCAUCAGCUAGAACAACAAGUGGAAAAACUCAGAAAGAAGCUCAAAACUGCACAGCAGCGAUGCAGAAGACAAGAACGACAGCUUGAGAAAUUAAAGGAAGUUGUGCAUUUCCAGAAAGAGAAAGACGAUGUAUCAGAAAGAGGUUAUGUGAUUCUACCAAAUGACUACUUUGAAAUAGUUGAAGUACCAGCAUAAAAAUAUGAAAUGUGUAUUGAUUUUUAGUGGGUCAAUACACAUAUCCUCUUCUAGCCUGUAAAGGAGUUUAAUUUGAAAAAUAACACUUGAUUACUUGUGUAAAACAAUUCAGAAUAUUUUUUAAAAAAUAAAUUAGAUAUAUACUGUAA